UAGUCUGGAACGACGUCGUUUUCAAGCGCAGAUCUAUCAAAUAAUCGGCGCGAGCAGGAAGAAGGAGGAGAACUGAAGGAGCAAACCGUUUUCGUUUUCAUUUUCAUUUUGAGCAGACGAGAAAAAGAGGAACCGACUGUUAGCGACGACAAUACAAUUACAAUGGGAGCCUCGUCUUCGUCGGAACAGACGUCGACGGAACAACGAGAGAUUGAGACAGAAGCAGCCUCGACCGGAGCUCUGCCGCUGCUUCAGAAAGCUUUCUCCAAGCUCGCUGAUCCUGACACUAAAACAAUCCCUCCUAGCUCUCUUCAGAAAUGUUUUUCUUUGACCUUCAAAAACUCAAUAUGUGAAGCACCUGUGAUACACAAACACUUUCUGGGAUUAUUGGAUCACUUGGGUCCUUCUAUAGUUGAGCUAUAUUUUGUGGCUGAGAAGGGGGGAUUUAGUUGGAUUGAGUUUGUCAGAGGUUAUAUUGGAUGCUGUGGGAGAAUGUCUGGAUCGCGGUCGUUGAAUAAUUGGCUCAGGGUUUUUGCAACAGUGACUGCAAAAGCAGGUCUUCCUUCAAAACUGCAGUUUGAAUCCAGUGAAGAAGAUUGCAAGAUAAAUGGGUCACUUAUGCCCAUUGAGCUGCUCAUGCUUCUUCAGAUGUGUUGGAUUAUGAUGUGGGAUUCUAGAGUUUUGAAAUUUUCUAAAGUACAGGCAACUCUAGAUCUUCCAGAUAUAAAUCAUUUAGUAUUAUCAGCCAUUGUAUCAUGUGCUGAAGUUUCAAGCAACUUAAAUGUGUGGGAUUGUGACACCACUGGCAUGGAAGUUGAACUUCCUGCAGGAAAGAUUCAUCUUUGGGUUUUGAAGACAGUUCCACGCCUGGCAGAUUGCUUUAUGCAGUUUGUCCAUUCAAGACUCCAAUAUUUUUCAACUUCAGAGGAUGGGUUGGAUUCUUCAAGUAUAUCAUUAGGUGACAUUUCCUCAACAAAGAUGUGUCAAACUCAUCUUCUAACCCCUGGAAGAGCGUGGGCAGUUUUCCUUACACAGAGGAGUACAAUAAGUGAAGAAAUUUUAAGAGCAUGCUUCCAUAGCGAUGGUGAUGGAACAGAUGAAAACCUUCUUUAUCGGUCAUCUCUUCACGGGAAAGGAUUUAACAGAUUCUGGUCAAAUAUUGAAGGCUAUUCUGGUUCAUUGUUACUGUUGAUUUCUGCUAGUUCAGUAAAUACCCUUGAGGAUAAUGGUAAUGAAAGGAAAUGGAUCAUUGGUGCUCUUACGCAGCAGAGUUUUGAAAAUAGGGAUAUCUUCUAUGGAAGCUCUGGAAAUCUAUACGCACUAGGUCCAGUCUUCAAUGCAUUCUUACCUACUGGGAGGGAAAAGAACUUUGUUUAUAGCCACUUGCAUUCCACUGGUAGAGUCUAUGAACCACGUCCAAAGCUUGUGGGGGUUGCGUUUGGGGGAACUGCUGGUAAUGAGAGGAUUUUCUUGGAUGAAGAUUUUGCUAGAGUUACUGUUCGUCAUCAUGCAGUUGACAAAACUUAUGGACCUGGGUCCCUCUUCCCCAAUCAGGGGUUUCUACCUGCUGAAGCUUUGGUUUCAGAAGUGGAAGUAUGGGGAUUGAGCGGGAGAACAGCCAAGGAAGUGCAAAGUGCAUAUAAAAGGAGGGAACAACUCUUCACUGAGCAAAGACGCAAGGUCGACUUGAAAACCUUUGCAAGUUGGGAUGAUUCGCCUGAAAAGAUGAUGAUGGACAUAGUCUCUGAUCCCAACAGAUGUCAACGUGAAGAUCGGUAAUUCAGAUUGUAAAGGGUUGGGAUAAAGGUGUGGUUGUUGGGGUAGGCGGUGUUGUGAGUUCUAACAAACAAAAUUUCAAAUCUGUGUUGUACAUGUUUGUAAUAUGGGGUAAUGCCCAUUAGGAGAAUGGUUCUCUGACUUCUCUGCCUCCAGUGACUGCUAGGAUUGCAUGGCUAGCACUGCUUGCAUUUUUCUGGCCCUGCUCCUAAUCUCAGCCAUUUCCAGUUAAUCAGGAAGCCAUGACGAGGUCCUUUUUUACAGGUUUUGUA